UACAGGUUCCCUGGGACAUGUUGUCAUCAGAAAUGUUGUAUGAUUAAAUUAUCAGACCACGGGUGUAAAAUGUCUGACAAACGUGAGAACGAAGAUAAAUUGGGGAAGUUUUUAAUUCAGGUUCAUAAAGAUUUGGCACAACUCAAAUGCAGUGAUUGGGCCACAACACUGGAUGUUCAAACCCUGGACAAUUCAAUUUGUAUGGCCCACACUACAAACAAGAAAUCUGCUGAGGAUUAUUUGAAAACAGUGAAUAAACAACAACAGGUUCUUCCGAGCACCACAGACUUACAGAAACCAAUGCUUAAAACACCUAUAUGACCUGGAAGAGCCCACCUCCAUCCACAGCUUCUAAAAACAUGGACUUACAGAAUGAAAGUCGAGACACAAACAGUCUUAUCCCUAAAAGCUCUCAGAACCUGACCGUGGAAGUUCCUGAAAACACUAAAUACCCCUUUACAAGCACAAAGGGGCAGAUCGACCCAACGGACCCAACGCAGAUUUCUGCCACUGCAAGCAGAGCUUUACUCUGUGUGCUUGAUGCUCUGCAGGCCCUGAAAAAACUGCUCCGGGACUUCACAGUUCCUCUAGCGGAAGUCAACGGAGGACGUCUCGUGGACUUGUGUCACGGUUGGGAUGCUGGUGGGAGGAAGGCCCCUUCAGCGGUGACUCUUCUGUCAGUGUUUGAAAACCAGGAGGAGGUAUCACUUCUGCUCUCACGCCCAGGUCAGCGCUGGGGGAGGGGGGCUGCCAUCCUCAUACAGUCCUGCUGGAGGCGCUGCUCAGCCAGGAGAGCUUAUCUGUGGCACCACCGACGCAAGUGGGCCGCACACAUCGUUGCAACGUCAUGGUGGCGGCAGAAGCGGCRCACUUUUAUUUUGUUUGAAAAAUGCUGCACUGGCCUUACUAUGACAGGUUUCUCUCAGAGCCAGCGACUGGCGUUAAGAAGAUAURACAUCCUCCAGAACACACGAAUAAGCAGAGUGUGUGAUGUUAGAGAUGAAAAUGUGGAGGUGAUCUAUGUAUGCUCGCGACAUUUGGGGSAAGACAUCUUGCAGUUUUACAGCAGCCUCCUGAACUGCGAGGGAGCCACAGAUGGAGCUGUUACCAGGAACAGCGAGGCCUCACYCUGCAAGAGACCCUUUAUUAUCCUAACUCCUGAAGCUGUGGAUUAUUUCCCUGUAAAACGCAUAACGUGUCUGUCUACGCUGCUGAAGUACAGUCCACGCACCCUGAAGCGUGUCAAACACCUGAUCCAGGGAAAGCAGGCCUACGUAGUGGGUGGAGCUAGCCACAUGGAUGGCCUGGCAGUGGCUGAUGAGCUGGAUGUGCCGAUUUUGGGUCCAGAACCAGCUGUUUCACAACUCUACAGCACCAAUUCUGGAGGAAGAAGGAUCUUUGCUGCAGCAGAUGUUGAUGCUCCUCCUGGUCUGGCAGAUAUCGCUCACAAAACCAGACAGGACACCAAAAAACACACAAAUAUACACCCAUACUUCAUUACAACCGCACUGCUCAGAUAUUUAGAUGAGAUCCCAGAAUGGCUGGCUCAUUAUGCCCGACCUGCUCAAACCUCCUCUUAUCCCAGUUGGUCCUGCUUCCAAGACCUUCCUCAGGCAAGGUGGUGUAGUGGAGGCAUGUCCCAUUCAGAAAGUGUCACCUGUCUGACAGUAGAUCUGUUACUGGAACCAGGAGUUGAAGUGACCAUGUUGUCCUGUGGAGACCAGCUCUGCGGCUCCUGUCAGCUGGAGGCCAUAGGGUCCACUGUACACCCAGACACCUUGCACUCCGUCUGCAUGCGUGUGGGUCGGGCUUGUCUACAGCACUGCAUUGUUGGCUAUGUCUCUGUGGGACUAGCCACCUUUAUGAACCACUCCACCCAGGAGCAGAAGGUUUGGGUCAUUGAUCUGGACAUUGCUACAGUGACCCAGAUGCUGCUUCUGAUGACUGGAGGAAUGCUGAAUUGGCAGACAAGCUGUUUAGAAGUUCAAAUGCCGACUGGAAGGAAAUGCUGUGAACACCAGGGUCUGCAGUUAAAAACAAAUAUGUAUCACACUGUGGUCAGUUGUCAUGCAUUCAUCRGGAUCCACUUGUUUCUUUCUAACCUCUCCAUGCUGUAUCACAGCACCUUAUUUAAGUUGUGCAAACUACACGGCAUUGGGUUUAACAAAAAGCAGAAGCAAGGCACUAUUUUUACUUUUUAUGACAGCAGUGAGCGAUGUAGCAUUGGUAUGAUAACGAUCUCAGAGGAUCUCCAGGGAGCUCUGGUGACCUUUGCUCAGAAUCUGUCAGUCAUUCAUCAGCAAAUAUCAUCCUCUAAAAUGCAAGGAGAAACCAAUUUCAAGGAGCUGAUGAAGAACAUAGAAGAUGUGCUGCAGAUCAAAAUUUGUAACAAGACCCAACUGAAGGAUGAACCUGCUGAAUAGACUGCUGCUUCACUAGUGAAGUUGCCAUUACCAAAUAAAUAGCAAAUAUAAAUAAGUUGAUGCAGGCUUAAAGAGCAUAACUCUCAGGCAUGAAUCUUUAAAACUCCCAGCAGUUUUAAUAUAUGAUAAGACAGUAUGGUUUUAUCUAAUUAUGCUUGGUUUGUGAUUUCAAAUUACAAACUACAAAUAUAAUGUUAGUGUAGAUUACCAUGAGUGUGUUGUUUAGUGACAAUAGUUUAGUAAUGUUUUUUUUUGCGCUAAGGGAAAAUAUUUGACAUUCAAUGAAGAAAUGACAAAAAUAGUCUGUAGUUUUAUUCUUAAAGUAGUAUUUAUGUAUAUAGAUAAUAAAAAGAUUAUUCUUGACAUUUACAGGAUAUAUAUUUUUAUAAUGUUUUUAAACUGUGUACGAUAGA